UCGGGAUCGGUUUACGUGACUCUCACGACCGCUUCGUUUGCCGAAUUUUUUUUUUUAUUCAAUUAUUGGAAAAAAGUCUCACCAUGACAGGAGGGCUGAACAUGACUUGAGCAACGUCCACUUUUCCACGAUGUCCUCAAAGUGCACAUGACAGUGGCAUGUGUGGUGCUCAAGCGCGCUCGACGAGGUCACUCAAUAGUUUUCGUGCAUGGUAAAAUGUUCCCGGAGACCAGAGAAAUUGAGAAACCCAACCCUUUGGCAAAUGCGGGAUUUUUUUCACAGCUUUUUCUGUGCUGGGUAAGUCCUUUGCUCCACGUCGGACACAAGCAAAGGUUGGAAGAAAGUGACCUCUACACAAUUCUUCCUGAAGAUGAAUCCGAAGUACUGGGACAAGACCUGCAGAGGUGCUGGGAUCUUGAAGUUAAAAAGGCUACAAAACAACUACGGAAGCCCAAGCUGACCAAAGUCCUUAUUAGGUGCUAUGGGAAGUCUUACGCUGUCGCGGGACUCUUUGCGGUUUCCUUGGAGGCCAUUAAAGUCAUCCAGCCACUUCUUCUAGGGAAAAUCAUAUUGUUCUUUGAGAAUUAUGAUCCAGAUGACAAAAGUGGACUUUGCGCAGUGUACGGCUGCGCCGCCGCCAUGUGUGUCUCCACCUUCGGCCUGACUAUCCUGCAGCAUCUCUAUUACUAUUUUGUCCAGAGAACAGGCAUGAAGAUGAGAGUGGCCGUCUGUCACAUGAUAUACUGCAAGGCUCUUCGUCUCAGCAGCCAAGCGAUGGGUCAGACCACCACGGGCCAAAUUGUGAACCUCCUUUCAAAUGAUGUCAAUCGUUUUGAUGAGAUUACGCUCAACCUGCACUACCUGUGGGUAGGACCUCUGCAGGCAGUUGUGAUCAUCUACUUCCUUUGGUACGAGAUCGGGCCCUCGUGUUUAGCAGGGGUGGCUGUCAUCGCCUUCAUGAUGCCCGUGCAGACGUGGUUCGGAAAGCUUUUUGGAAUCUUCAGGAGUAAAACGGCAGUUCUAACUGACAAUCGGAUCCGUAUCAUGAACGAAGUGGUGUCUGGCAUCCGAAUCAUCAAGAUGUACGCAUGGGAAAACCCUUUUUCAUCUCUAGUUACAGAGUCCAGAAGAAAGGAAAUCAAUCAGAUCAUGAAGAGCUCCUACCUCAGAGGACUCAACAUGGCAUCAUUCUUCGCCAGUAGUAAGAUUGUGGUGUUUGUCACCUUUGCGGUGUACGUUAUGCUGGGCAACAGUAUCAGCGCCAGCCGGGUGUUUGUCACGGUGUCCUUGUACGGAACCAUCAAGCUCACUGUCACGCUGUUCUUCCCGCUGGCCAUCGAAAAACUGUCAGAGACCAUCGUCAGCAUUCACCGCAUCAAGAAUUUCCUUCUCCUUGAUGAAAUGAGUAGAAGAAAGUUGACGCUCAAUGAAAAGAGCCCAAACACCAUUGAGCUGGAAAAGCUGACGUGCUACUGGGAUAAGUUUCUGGAUUCACCAUCCCUGCAAAACAUCUCUCUCACUAUGAAGUCACAUCAGCUCCUGGCUGUAAUAGGACCAGUAGGAGCGGGGAAGUCAUCGCUGCUGAGUGCCAUUUUGGGUGAGCUGUCUCAUGACACUGGAACGAUGAUAGUCAGAGGUCAACUCAGCUACGCAUCCCAGCAACCCUGGGUGUUUCCAGGGACCAUCCGCAGUAACAUCCUGUUUGGAAGAGUGCUGAAUCCUCACAAGUAUGAGAGAGUGCUGAAGGCCUGCGCUCUAAAGAAGGACCUGGAGUUACUCCCAGAUGGAGACCUGACCCUCAUCGGGGACAAGGGAGGCACCCUCAGCGGGGGGCAAAAGGCUCGCAUCAACCUGGCCAGAGCGGUGUAUGAGGAAGCAGAUAUCUACCUCCUAGAUGAUCCUCUGAGUGCUGUAGAUGCCGAGGUUGGGAAAUAUCUCUUUGAAGCGUGCAUCUGUGGCCUGUUGAAGAACAAGUGUCGCAUCCUGGUUACUCACCAACUUCAGAAUCUCUGCGCAGUUGAUCACAUCGUGGUGAUCAAGGAGGGUCGUAUCAUGGCCCAGGGCGCCUACAACGAGUUGCAGAGCUCCAACCUUGAUCUUGGCUUCCUGCUAAAAAGUCAGGAGGAACAGGAGCCAGAAUAUCUGUCAGCCAGCUGUGACAAGGAGUCACUCUCCAGCAGGAGCACCAAUCAGUCAAGCGGUUCACUCUGCGCACACAGCACCCUCCUGCCACCAGAGGCCACUGUCCCUGACCUGCUUCCCGUCGAGGGCGCACACACAGCUGAGGAGGAGGCUCGUGCUGAAGGAAAUGUCAGCAAGGACAUUUAUGUCAAGUAUUUUACUGCCCACUGUCAUCCUUUAAUCUUACUGGCUAUUCUGCUGCUCAGUGUCAUUGCUGAGGCUGCAUAUAUUCUGCAGGACUGGUGGCUGGUGUUCUGGGCUAAAGAUGAGCUCAACAACACCAGCAGGGUUGUGAUUGUUGAGAAAAGUACCAAUGAGUCAUCUGGUUUACACCAAGCCACAAAUCUGCCAUUUUAUCUGGGCGUUUACUCUGGUCUGACUGCAGCCGCCGUGGUCUUUGGCUUUGCCAGGAGUUUAGUGAUCUUUCACGGGCUGGUGAAAUCCACUCAGACGCUGCACAACCGCAUGUUCAACGCCGUCCUCCGCACCCCGGUCCUCUUCUUUGACGUCAACCCCAUAGGAAGAAUCCUCAAUCGCUUUUCCAAGGAUAUCAGCCAGAUGGACUCCCUGUUACCACUCACUUUUGUGGACUUCUAUCAACUUUUUUUGCAGAACGUGGGCGUUCUGGCCAUUGCAGCCUCUAUCAUCCCUCUCCUACUGGUCUCCAUUGCUCCCCUGCUCUUCAUCUUCCUGUACCUGCGGCGUUACUAUCUCUCCACGUCACGAGAUAUCAAACGUCUGGAGUCCAUAACACGCAGUCCGGUCUUCUCCCAUCUUUCAUCAUCCCUCCAGGGCCUGUGCAGCAUCCGAGCCUUCGGAGGAGAGAAGAGGUUAACGAGAGCCUUUGACUCACACCAGAACCGCCACUCAGAAGCGUGGUUUCUCUUCCUGAUGACAUCCCGGUGGUUUGCCCUCCGCCUGGACAGCAUUUGCUCCAUCUUUAUCACCGUAGCAUCAUUUGGGUGCAUUUUCCUCCGAGAUGGUUUGGAUGCUGGGGAGGUGGGCCUGGUGUUGACGUACGCAGUGACGCUGGUUGGAAACUUCCAGUGGACCGUGAGGCAAAGUGCAGAGUUAGAGAACAUGAUGACAUCUGUGGAAAGAGUGGUGGAGUACACGGAGUUAAAGAGUGAAGCGCCCUGGGAAAGCAAAACGCGCCCUUCUCUUGAUUGGCCCAGUCAAGGCCAGGUUACCUUUGACCAGGUGUAUUUGUCGUAUAGUAUCGACGGGCCACUUAUCCUCAAGGACAUCAACGCCAUCUUCUUCCCCAGUGAGAAGGUGGGCAUCGUGGGUCGGACGGGAGCUGGGAAAAGCUCCAUGGUGGCAGCUCUUUUUCGCCUGGCGGAGCCACAAGGGAGCAUCUACAUUGAUGGCGUGUUGACCUCUGAGUUGGGCCUACAUGACUUGCGCCAGAAGAUGUCGAUCAUACCUCAGGAUCCAGUGCUGUUCACCGAUACUGUGAGGAAGAACCUGGACCCGUUUAACCAGCAUUCUGAUGCUGACCUGUGGAAGGUUCUGGAGCAGGUCCAGCUAAAGUGCAUGGUGGGGGAGCUUCAUGCAAAGUUGGAGACGGUUCUAGCUGAGUGUGGCUCCAACUUUAGUGUUGGUCAGAGGCAGCUGGUGUGCCUGGCCAGAGCCAUCUUGAGGAAGAACCGCAUCCUCGUCAUCGACGAGGCCACGGCCAAUGUGGACCCCAGGACAGACGAACUGAUCCAACGAACCAUCCGGCGGGAGUUCAGAGAUUGCACCGUCUUCACCAUUGCUCACCGACUCAACACCAUCAUCGACAGCGAUCGCAUCCUGGUGCUGGACGAGGGUAGAAUACAAGAGUUCGAUCGCCCUUUUAACCUUCUUCAGAACAAAGGUGGCGCUCUGUACAGGCUGGUUCAGCAGUUGGGCCCGGCUGAGGCUGAAUCUUUGUUGGAAGUUGCUAAACAGGCAGCGAAGGCCACCUGACUGGUUGAAGCUGACGCAGCAGCAAACACUGAGUGGGGUUUUUCCGGGUUUAACAAUAUUCAAGAGGUGAUCAUCGGGAUUCGGAGGGCUUUCUUCAAAAGUGAAAAAGUUUCAAAGUGUUCCCUUUGGGGUCAAUCGCCAUUUGAUUGCGUCAGUUAGUCUACCUAAGAUGUCAGUUCUUUGACCGUAAGAGAACCAUAUGUACAUACGGGGAAUGGAACAGAUGUUGAACGGACAAUUACAACAAUAAGAAAUAAUCAUUAGCUGUUCAAGUGUGGAGCAACUCUCUAGAAUUUGAUCAAUGUUGAUAGUCCAAUCGCGUGAGAAGACCGUAAAAGUUUGUAAGGAGAGACUGCUCACUGGUUGAGCUCGCAAUUGUACUUGUGCUAUUUUACAAUGUCAAACAUAUUAAGACACUUUAAAACUGUCUCUGACCUGGAUUACUGAGAAUGUAUACCGACGUAUCGUUUUGAACCUUGGGAAGAACACCCUGCAUCAGGUGCGAAAGUAAGAAAUCAUUACAAGGAACAUUGCAAAUACAGUAGGAACCAGAUCAGCUUCAAUCUAAGAUGCUGACAGAACAAUAACAUCUAAAAGCCAAGGUCUUCACUCUGCUGUCGAGACUUCACCUUCACCAGCAAGCAGAGAACUAUCUUAAGCAUUCAUGUUCUAAAAGACAAUGUCAACCACAUCUCCGGACAACUCCAAAACACUUGACCAGACACAGUCAUCUCAGAAGUGUCUCAGUUCGUGGACAGAGCCCAGAUGGUACAGGACGACCGGCGCGAGGAGCAACACAUGCGGACACGUAAACGUCGACUGGCGAGACCGGCUCCCCCUAUAACGACACAAUCCCAACCCAACCACAACUAAAAGACUUUGCUACAUUCAUCAACUUUUCUGUUGCUUGGAUUAAUGGCAUACAUGUGCUCAUUACUCAGAAAACACAAGUUGAGAUUGGAAUUGUGAGAAAAUGCCUUCCACAAACCAAAAGUAUUCUCUGACAAUUGAUUGCCUGUUGUCGUACGAGAGCGCCUCCAACUACCGCAGACAAAUUCCUUGUGUGUUUUUUACAUACUCGGCAAAUACAGGUGAUUCUGAUUCUGAUGAUGCAGGUUGGCUACCCAGUCCAUCCGAAAUAAAACGUUCUGCCACCCGUAAGUACCCUAGGGCAUAUUGUUUACAAUCAUCCUGGAACUGUGUAUUGAUAAAACUCACUUUAUACUAACUUAAAAAUGUUCUUCCUUUUCUUCAAGUCUUUCAGUUUUUGGGUCAGAGAUGGUAUCUCUUAUGAUGGACAAAGUUGUUUUGAUGUACCAAUACUUCUUACAAACCAAACCGCCAUCUCAAAGCUGAGCAAUUGCUUCAUUCUCUGGGUUGCCAGUUUUGGCCGGAAAUAAAUGACUCCCUGUUCCUUGCAAUCGGGUGAGGAAAGUUAUGUAAUGACAAUCCAAAGAGCCCAUGAUUUAGAGGGGUAGAAGACUGUUUUGUGGGGUCCAGAGUGAUGUUUUUUCACCAGACCCCAUUCCACGGUGGCAUUCCUCCCUGGCCUAGCAGCAAUCCAUAGUUUGAGUUGCCAUGUCAUGAAAAAAAGCUAAUCGUGCCAUGCGUAGCUUUGUGGGGGCUGUAGUCGCUUUGGCGUUGUAGUAGUUCCUUGACAGACAAGUAUUUUUUUUUUUUAUAUCGGGUACAAGAGGUAAACCCCAAGCAGAAGGACCCCAGCUAGCAUUCGCAUCCAGAACUUGUCAGCUUCAAGGCAGAUUAGUUAACCGCAUGCACGCCCACGCCACUUAUGUUGUUCGCCUCUCCAGGAAAUUUGCAAACCCUCAAUCGGCAAACAUCAAAAGAAAAUUUUGCGUCCACUGUAUGCAUGACAGAAAAUAAGACUAAUGCAAAAAAUGUUGUCCAAAAAUAUUAACAUACCAAAUCCUCCUAUUUGUAGGAAUGCUGUGAAUAUCUCAGAGGACUUUACUGGGUCAUUUGCUGUCUCUGUUGCAUACUGUUUUUUAUUGUCUUUUUAAAUUCAUUGUGGUGAUUUAUUUUUUUUAAUCAAUCAAAUAUUACUUGUCUUCACCAUUUUGAUUUUAUAUUGUAAUUUUAACUUAAGCUGUGUGUUUUUUUCCCCUUUUCACUAACCCUAAUUUCAUGUUAGAAUCUAUUUCGAUUUUCAUAUUUUCAUUUAUUUUAUUUUGUAAUCAUUAUUUUUUGCCUUUGUAAAGCACUAUGGGUUUUGCCUCAAUUGUGAAUGGUGCUACAUGA